CAUAGUACGAAUGAUUUGUGUAAAAAAUGAAAGACGAAGAAAAUUAUUUUGCGGGAGUUUCGAAUAAUUCUGGAUGAUUGUGACGUACAUCUGCACCUCAUCUGCAGCUGCGCCGCGAUUGCCAUCAGCUCCCGGAUCCAUCAACAGCGCACAUGUUGGAAUGCGCUAUCUCGUAGGUUUGUCGAGCUUGUUUGUGAUUUUCGGAUGAUUUAUCCCGCAACACUGGCACCAUGCAGCGAUUGUUGCCUAAACCAUCACCCAACGGCGUCCCCUCGGCUAACGACGCAGUGCCCCUGCCGCAGACUGCCUCUCUGACACUGCCCACCUUCAUUCUGGUGCCCAUUACACCUGGUCCACCACCCCUGCAAGACAACCGACAUAACAGGCAUGUUACCCGGGCUGCCAAGAAGCGAGGCCUCCAGUCACUACGAGUAGGAGGUGCAACGAAAAAUAAAUUUCCACGAAUUGACGAACCUGUCCGCGAAGCAUCCGUUGCUGCCGAUGAAAAUUGCUCAGAUUCGAACCAGUGUCGACGCUGUGUGGAUGUUGGCGAUGAGCCGUGCGUGCUGCAUUCGCGGCUGAUCAGCGAUACCGCGACGGUGGCCCGCGCAUACGGCAGUCUGCCUUCUCAAUUAUACAUCGCGCAGAAGGAAGGAAUGUCCGACCCGGGUGUUUUCGCCAAGCGCGCCAUCCCCCACCAGAGCGUCUUCGGCCCGCUAUUGGCCCCCUUCUCGCCCCACCCCGUGGCCUCCGUCUUGGUCGACCACCGCUUCGGACUGCGCCAGAAGAACGGACCCCACGGAGAAAAUGCAGAUGUCCGGGUGUUCGACCUGAAGAGCGACGAUCUGUGCAACUGGAUCAAGUUCGUCCGCGAGGCCGUCGACGCGCAGCAGCAGAACCUCGUCGCCUUCCAACAGGACGACCGCGUCUACCUGGCCACCACUAAAGACAUCCCCGCCGAGACGGAACUCUGCUUCUGGUACUCCACAAAAUACUGCCAAUUCCUCAACAAGGAGAAUCUUCAGCCAGGAUUUGCAGCGCAAGAGAAUAAUGACGCUUAUGGCGACGUUACGGCGGAUUCGCAUAUUCCGAUGGACGCACUUUGCAGUGUAACACCGACCGCUGCCACCGGCGACGAUUCCGAUGUUAUAAAAAAUGCGUUGCCGGCCGUGGAUCCGUCACCGGCUCGAUCCCCCGGGCCACGCCGUCGCCGAGUGAUCACCGUCGACACGGCCGUCCGCCCCUGUUAUUUGUGGUUCAGAACGGAAGAGCGCUGUUUGGUCGACUGGUUUGUCAAUCCCGACAACUGUCGGCUGUGGAAACGCGCCGGCCGAAAGGCGAUGGACGGUAGUCCCAGCAAACUACACGUGGCGGGUGUAAUCUCAUCUUACUUGGUGGAGAAUGGCUGCGAAUCCAUCGGACCGGAGAUCAUCAAGCGGAAAGUCGCCGCAUUAGAAACCAAAGCUCUGCAGCCGGAAACGGACAAAAUGCCAGCGUAUGUGCGGCGGUUUCGCGAGGCGUACAAUGCGGUUAACCUGUCCGAUGGCGCAGCUGAUGAUAAUCAUAUUACGAAUUUAUUGCCGGAUACAGCGCCGACAGGUUUAAUGGCAUUGGCAGCGCAUCGUCCGCCGCGAAAGGGUAGACCCACCGGUUGGUCCAGUAUGGAGGAGCGUUGGUUAGUGGAAUGGUUUGCGCAGCCAGAUAACUGCCAACAGUGGAAGACGUCGUUUCUCCACCACACCGAAAACGAUAUCGCCAAGAGCAUAGCCGCGUAUUUAUUAGAACGCGGCGGACAAAAUUUCUCCGAGCGUCCGCCGUUGAAUAUUCUCCGCAAAAUCCGUCUUUUGAAGCUCAACUAUCGGAGCCGGUGGCGGCCGAUGCGCCGGAGGAUGUUGUUUCCCUGUUCCGCACGGCGUACAACGCUGCCGUCGUUAACGAAGACGAAGCCGGUUCGUUGGACGAAGACGCAGCGGGUUUGGGGAAGAGACAUUCGUGGUCGCUAG